AUGGCGAGCGGCAAGCGUAAAGGACUAUCCUUCGAUGACAAGAAAACCCGUUUGUUGGAGCUGUUCAAUGAGACUUGCGAUUUUUACACGUUAAAGGAGCUGGAGAAAAUCGCCCCGAAACUGAAAGGAAUCAUCACCCAGUCCGUCAAAGAUGUGUUACAGUCGCUCGUAGACGAUGAUCUGGUGAACUCGGAUAAAUGCGGUGUCCAGACCAUUUACUGGUGUUUGCCCUCAGAAGCCGUUGCCAAGAGGCAACGUCGGCUUGAUGCGCUGCAACAGCAGCUGGCGGAGAAACGCCAAAAACUGACAGCGCUACAGCGCCAGCUGGUCCAAGUCCAGGCGGGUCGCGAGGACAGCGUUGAGCGUACAGCCGUACUGGAGAGGCUUGCAGCUUGUGAAGCGGCCUGGCGUGAACGGCAACGAACGCUCGAGUCCUACCUCGAGUGCGACCCUGAUGUCCUGGCGCAGCGCGAAACCGAAACCAAGACCCUGAUUGAACAGGCAAAUCGUUGGACCGAUAAUCUCUACGUCAUUCGAAGCUACGUCCAACGAAAUCUAGGAGUUGACCUCGACCUAUUCGAUCAGCAGUUUGAGCUUAAGCCUGCGCUGCAGUAUUUGGAGUGA